AUGGACAACUUCUUCUCCAAGCGGUCGGGCAAGCCGACACAGUUGAUGAAAAAGGAUUCGCGUCGAUCGAUGGUAGUGACCGUCUGCUCGCGAUCGGAGCAGUUGGCAAAUGCCUCCACUUGCUGUUGGAAGACCAGUAUUGUGCAGGAUUGUGGAGAGUCCAAACGUCACGGACUAUCGUGGAGCUGGGCAGGAGUCAACUCUGCUGUCAGAUUAGAAUGGCCCAACCGGCUCGACGGCUGUACCCAUCCUGCCACGAUUUUGAAUGUUGAAAUGCAUGGCAAGUUGCAUGACGACUUCGGCUAUGUGGAAGGCGGGGAGCUAGUCUUGGAAGCACCGUACCGGCAUAUUCAAUUGAGAGCUGGCAGCUACUCGAGAAAUUUGCUGGGUCCACCGAGUCUCGCACAGAGGGUCCUAACGUGGUUUGGGCCGCUGGCAAAGAGGAGAAAGCUGGCACAGGCCAUCCUAAUGAGGCCAGACUCCCCAUCGAGACCCUACAUUAGCCGCAUCAUAGUGCCGAGUAGUAGCAAGCACUUCGCACUGAUCCAGGUUGCAAAGGCCGGUGAAACUCUGUAUUUGCUCAUCUUGGAACCACAGAGGCUAGAUGGUGCCAGGCGCGAAGAGCGAUAA